AUGGAUUCCACUUUUUGUGCCACCUUAUCGAAUGGAUAUUAUGAAUAUCCCUACGAUUGUGGUGCAUAUAUUUGGUGCAACGAUUCCUGCACUGAUUUGGAGUACUGCCCUGAUGGAAAACUUUACAAUAGUCCUCUGCAUAUUUGCGAUACACCGGAAGCCGUGAAAUGCACUCCAUUGCCAUAUCCUGCCAAUCCUUGUAGGGAUGAGGCAAAUAAUAUCAUACUUCCCUCUGCUUUAAGCUGUGACGAGUUCAUCGUGUGUAUGAAUGGGCAAAGUGAAGAGAAUCGAUGCCCAGGAGAGCUGCUUUUUAAUCCGGAUUUGAAAAUUUGUGAUUAUAAAAAUAAUGUCUGGUGUUAUGGUGAUCGCACCACAGGAGAUGGACAAGGCACAAUACAGACUACCGAAGAGCCCUUCACGGAGUGCGUUGGACAAACGCUUGGAGCCAUGUUUCCGGAUACUCGAAAUUGUCAGCAAUAUUUUUACUGCUGGGGCAACGACUCAUAUAGUAUUUUUCCGUGUCCCGUUGAUAAUUGGUUUAAUCCGAACAGCGGAAACUGCGGCCCCGAUACCUCGCCGGAAGCGUGUCGCGAAGUUGUAACUACUUUAGCGACAAUUACCUCAUCUUCGACAACUGUCGGAACGACAACAACUGUAGGUGAUAAAGAGAAUCCAUGUGCAGAUCAAGAACUUGGAGCUAGCUAUCCAUUGCAAUCGGACUGCCAGCAAUACCUUCUUUGCCUUGGUGGUGGUCAAUCGGCGAUGGCCAAGUGUCCGGUUAAUGCCUGGUUUGAUCCAGAUGCCGGUGAUUGUGGGCCAAAUGUAUCACCUACUGCUUGCCUCGAUGCCUUCAGUACUAGCACCACUAUGGCAACAACAGAGAGCUCAGAGGAUCUCUGUGAGAAUCAGGAACUGGGCGUUUCCUAUCCCCUGGUAACAAACUGUCAGCAAUAUAUACUAUGCAUGGGAGACGGAAAGUCAACUGUGGCCAAUUGUAUAUAUAAUGGCUGGUAUGAUCCUCAGACAGGCAUUUGCGGUCCCGAAGUGUCACCUACGGCGUGUAAAGAUUCCGGUAGUUCUACUGAAUCAUCGACAAGUGAAGCUACUACCUUACCCUCCACAACACCUUCUCCCACAACAACGACCACUGUAUCGGUAGAUACAACGACCAGCGCAUCGGAUAUUUUGGGAAUAUGUUUUGAACAUGGCGAGGAUUACUAUGCAUCCUAUCCCGAAGACUGCAGCAAGUACAUAGCCUGUGCUCGGCCUGUACCAAUAGCAUUUUACUGCCCACAAAGCUUAUUCUUCAACGAGGCUCUUCAGAGAUGCGUAGAUUUGGAGUCGAGUGACUGUCCCCAAAAAGAGACCACAACUGCAUCGCCGGGACUUACCACUCCAGCCCCAGAUGCUUCGGUCUGCUUGAAUAAUGCCGGCCAAAACUUGCCAUACCUAGAGAAUUGUCAAUGGUUUAUACGCUGUGCGGACGACUCCUCUUACAUGAUGGGUAUUUGCAGUAUUGAAGAGUUUUUCGAUCCAUUGACUGGAGAAUGUGGUCCAAAUGUGUCACCAGACGCCUGUCGAGAGAACUAUGCUACCACUACAACUUCCACAACAGAUUCCACGGAGAGCUCAACAACGAUGGUUACCCCAAGCACUCCAGGUACAGAAACUGAUCCGUGUGAGGGAGUUCCAGAUGGAAAGCUAGUUCCCUAUCCGAAUGAUUGCACCAAGUUUAUAGCCUGUGUUCAACCUUACCCUCUCGUCUAUGACUGUGUGGUUGGUCAGGAGUUUAGUGCCGUUCUUGGACGUUGUAUGGCUCCGUGGUAUGCAAAUUGUUCCAUCAUACUUACAACUACACAAUCUCCUUUAACAUCAACCACUGAGCCUCAGGAGACGCCCUUGCCGAACAGCUUUUGUGAUGAUAAGAGCGAGGGAACUCUGGUUCCUUACCCUAACAAUUGCAGCAAGUACAUAGUGUGUCAGGAUCCCAUUCCAGUUGGCUAUGCAUGUCCAGAAAAUGAAGAAUUUAGUCCCAUUGACCUUACUUGCAUGGAUUCCGAGCUGGCUGGAUGUAAUACCAAAGCAUUUCGACUUGAUUCACCAGACCAUGGGUUUAUUCAUAGGGCUCUUGAGUCGUUUGCAAAACUUUUCUAUUGA